GUUGUUCGUUAUCCUGUUGCAUCAAGCAGCUUUUUAGUGUUGGAGCUCUGUCCCCGUCUCUGUCGCGCCUGUUUUGUAUCCAGUCUGCACGGGCUGGAAUUUGAUUCACAUUCUCGAUUGAACCAUUAUUGCAUCGUGUUUUUAUUGUAGCGGAGGAGCAUUCUCAAACCUGUGGAGGUGGAUGGGUAGAGAAUUUUGCAAGUGAGAGUACUCUUCACUGGAACGGAGCGAUUGAAUGGAAUUGGGCCGUUCAUUUAGAAUUUAAGGUUGUGGUGAGACACCAAGGAUGCAUGUGCAAGCUCUUUCGCUGAGAGCAUGUGUGUCAGCACAGCUUUCAACUUCCAUCCCCUCGUCUGAUGAUAGUCGGCACCUGCUACGGGCAGCAGAGCUUGCUGGAUCAUUAGCUGGACUAAGUGCUCCCCAUCCGAAUUUUGGCUGCGUUAUUGCCCAUGGGCCCAAAGUGGUGGGGGAGGGGUUUCUGUACGCGCAAGGCACUAAGAGUGCUGAAGUGCAAGCCGUCGAAAGAGCUGGAGAACUUGCCAAGAAUGCUACAGCUUACCUAAAUCUGGAGCCUGGCGAUUGCCAUGGCGAUGAUAGUGCCGUUCGCGCACUUAGAGAGGCAGGAGUAUCAAGAGUGGUGGUCGGAGUACCUCAUCCAUUACAGCAUCUACAUGGCAAGGCGAUCAAAGCCCUUCACCAGGGUGGCGCCAAGGUGGAAGUGGUCGGACAGAAUUUGCUGGAAUCUGGAAGUGGUAUACAGGAAGCUUUUAAGGCUUGCCAAUUAGUGAACGCUCCCCUCCUCUACCGGGCUGCCAACGGCAUACCUUAUUCAUUGUUGAAGUACGCUAUGACGGUUGAUGGGAAGAUUGCAGCCAGCACGGGCCACUCUACAUGGGUAUCCAGCACGGAGUCUCGGAAACGUGUCUUCGAAAUGCGUGCCCGAAGUGAUGCUAUCGUUGUGGGAGGCAACACCGUCCGUCGUGACAAUCCACGCCUUACAACAAGGCAAGAAGGUGGACACCUUCCAGUUCGCAUUGUAAUGUCACGGUGCUUAAACCUUCCUAUGGAUGCCAACCUAUGGGACGUAUCCACCACCCAGACCAUUGUCACAACACAAAAGGGUGCUCGUCAGGACUUCCAGGCACUGCUGGCUUCAAGAGGCGUGGAAGUGGUGGAAUUUGACUUCUUGACCCCACGAGCAGUGAUGGACUACUGCUAUAACCGGGGUUAUUUGUCAAUUUUGUGGGAAUGUGGAGGCAUGCUGUCAGCGCCCGCCAUUGCUUCAGGUGUAAUUCAGAAGGUUAUGGCCUUCAUAUCUCCCAAGAUUAUUGGGGGCAUUACGGCACCUACACCAGUAGGAGAGCUGGGAAUGGUGGAGAUGACACAAGCUCUUCAAUUGUCAGAUGUUGCUUUUGAGCAGGUAGGACCAGAUAUGCUGGUGACAGGGUUGUUGCAACCAAUUCCUCACUGUCAACCUAAUGUUCCUGCAUUAGUAGAGGCUGCCGCAGCAAUGGACUCAACCAUCCCUUCGCUACCCCAACGACCUCAAGUUAUCUACUUUUACAAGCCCUGGGAUCCUUACGGUGCACUCUCCAACUUCUCACCCCACCCCAUCUCUCUUCCCGAUGAGACCGGAGCUGUCAUAUCAUGGAACAGUGUUGAGCAUUAUUAUCAGGCUCAGAAAUUCGUGGGUGUAAAACAUGAAUUAGCCCAAGAAUGUGUUCAUAAUAUUCGGCUGGCCAAGAGUCCUGAAGUUGCAGCACGACUGGGAAGAACUCUUGCACGGCAGCGUCCAGAUCUUGUGCGAGCCGAUUGGGCGGUGGCAAAGCUUUGUGCGAUGGAGACAGCCUUGCAUGCGAAGUUUACUUCGUACCCUGCUCUCCGAGAUCUGCUCCUAACAACUGCGGGUGCUGUGCUGGUGGAAGCGUCUCAAAAUGACAUGUUUUGGGGUGCAGGACGGAGUGGGGACGGAGAGAAUAAGUUGGGGCUUCUCCUCAUGCAGUUGCGAACAAAGUUACUACAACGUUCAGAGGACAACAACGUCCACUCAACGGUGACCAGGUCAACAACCUCAGAAUCGUAGCUUAAGUGUGCAAUGUACGGCAGCACAUUGUUUGGCUCACCUUGGAAGAACUGUAACAUGUCCUCAUAUUUUCAAAUGUGGCAGUUGAGAUAUUCAAUUUAGAGAUGCUCAUGGAAUCCAAAUCUUCAUCCUCUCGACAGAAUUGUGAGCGUCGUUUCAUCAGA